CUGAGCACGGGCACAGGCAGCCUCUGAUGUCCCUUUGCCGGGUGUCACACAGCCUACGGAUGCGGUCAGCCGGCCGUGCCACCACAGCUGAGUUCCCGCGUGGUGGGCGGUGAAGAUGCUGUAGCCCACAGCUGGCCAUGGCAGAUCUCUCUGCAGUACAGCCGCUCUGGAUCCUGGAACCACUAUUGCGGAGGGAGCCUCAUUGCCCCCCGGUGGGUGAUGACAGCUGCCCACUGCAUCAGCUCUUCCCUGAACUACCGGGUGGCCCUGGGCAGGCAGGACGUGUCAGAGGCUGACGAGGCUGGUUCUGUGGCCGUGGCUGUGGAGAAAAUCAUCGUCCAUGAAGAUUGGGAUGACUACUAUGUUCGCAACGACAUUGCCCUGAUCAAGCUGGCAGAAGAGGUGCAGGAGACUGACACCAUCCGUAUUGCCUGCCUGCCAGCUGCUGACAAGAUCCUGCCCAACGACUACCCCUGCUAUGUCACCGGCUGGGGAAGCAUGAGGACCAACGGGCCCCUGGCCACCAUCCUGCAGCAGGCUCUGCUGCCCGUGGUGGACUAUGAGACCUGCUCCAAGUGGGACUGGUGGGGCAGCACUGUAAAGAAGACCAUGGUGUGCGCCGGCGGCGGUGAUGUCAAAUCUGCAUGCAAUGGCGAUUCUGGGGGCCCCCUGAACUGCCAGCGUGAGGAUGGGAUCUGGGAGGUUGAGGGCAUUGCCAGCUUUGUCUCCAGCCGGGGCUGCAACACAUACAAGAAGCCAACAGUCUUCACCCGGGUGUCUGCCUACAUCGACUGGAUCAACGAGAAAAUGAGCACAAACUGAGGACGCAGCAUUGUGGAGAUACCACUGUUGAUCAAAAUAAAAGCAAAAAACGCA